GACAACAAAAAAGAACCCCAACCAGGAAUGAGAAGGGAAGAGAUAGAGAGAGAAGACAACCAAAACAAGAGAAAGAGGGAGGGGGACAGAGGUCUAGAGAGAAAAAGAGACAUACCCACAAAUUCUGAUUGAAGAGGAGUGAUGUGAGAGAUUGCAGAAGGACCCUCUCCCUGAGGUCAUCCCGUUUGGCCUCGAAGGUGGAGAUAAGGAAGGAAUAUAUGACCUCUACCAUCAUCAUCAUCAUCAUCAAUUCGCAACACCAAUAUCAUAUAACAUCAUCGUCAGGACCUCUAUAAUCAUCAUCAUCAUUUUACAACUCUAACAUCAUAUACCAUCAUCACCAUAAAUCUCAUACCAGCAUCUUGCCUCUCUACCACCACCACCACCACCAUUCAAGGAAGCAAUCAUAAAUGAUGAACCCAUAAUCACCAUACGUCAAAAACCACAUGAACAUCAUCUCAAAAUACACAUCAUAGACCCACCAACAACCGCCAUUACCAUCAUCCUCAUCAUCGUUCAUCAUUCAUCAAGAAGUAGGCAUGUCGCAGAGCAAAAUCAAGAAGGCGCUGGGCCUGGUGAAGGACCGGACGUCCAUCGGCCUGGCCAAGGUGGGGAUGGCCACCAUCACCACGGACCUGGAGGUGGCCAUCGUCAAGGCCACCCGCCACAGCUCCUCCCCGCCGGACGAGCGGCACAUCCGGGAGAUCAUCACCCUGACCUCCUACUCCCGGUUCCACGUCGGCUCGGCCGUCUCGGCCAUAGCCAAGCGGAUCGGAAAGACCCGCAACUGGACCGUCGCCCUCAAGUGUCUCAUCCUCGUCCACCGUCUCCUCGCCGAGGGCGACCCCUCCUAUGAGCAGGAGUUCACCUACGCGACCCGGCGCGGGACCCGGCUCCUCAACCUCUCCGAUUUCCGAGACGUCUCGCACUCCGACUCGUGGGACUUCUCGGCCUUCGUCCGCACCUACGCGCUCUACCUCGACCAGCGGCUCGAGUCGAGGAUGAAGGCCCGAGACGAUUCGCUGCCGCCCAAGCCGUUCCGGGAGCUGGGCACGGACAAGGUGUUCGCCCGGAUCCAGAGCCUGCAGCACAUCCUGGAGCGGUUCCUCGCGACUCGGCCCACCGGUUACGCCAAGCAGAGCCGGCUCAUUAUCAUCUCGCUCUACCCGGUGGUUCAGGAAAGUUUUGCAGUCUACAACGAGAUAACCGAGAUGAUGAGCAUCCUGAUCGACCGGUUCACGAAUCUGGAGGUGCCCCAAUGCGUCAACGUGUAUGAAACCUUUUCCCGGGUCGGGAAGCGGCUGGAUGAACUGGAUUCGUAUUACGAUUGGAGCAAGAGCGUGGGCAUCGCCCGGUCCUUCGAGUAUCCGGUCAUAGAGCGGGUCACCCCCAGGAAGCUCCAGAUCAUGGACGAUUUCAUCUGCGAUAAAUCGGCUUCCUUCGCGAGGAGAGCCCAAAAAAUCGCUGAGCAGGAGACGCAAAGCGUCUUGGAGAUCAAGGCACUCCCCGCCCCAGGUGACGACCAAGAGAAAAAAUUCGCCGAGGAAGAAGAAAAGAUCGCGGACGAGCAAGCCGAGGUGAGGGAGGAAACGGUCCUCCCAGAAGCGCCCAAGAUGGAAAAGGUCCCCGAUUUAUUGGAUCUCACCGGCGAUUUCACUGCCGAGGAAAACGGUGACAGGUUGGCAUUGGCGCUUUUCUCCGGGGAGGCAUCCUCGGCACCAGCGGCGCCGCUGGCAGAGGCAAUCAACUCGGCGGCGGACUGGGAGCUGGCACUGGUUGAGUCGACGAGCAAUUUGGCGGCGAAGAAGGCUGAGUUGGGCGGCGGUUUCGACGUUCUCAUGCUGGAUGGGCUGUAUGACGGCCACCUCGCGAAUGCAGCGUCAGGCCAAGCGGCGAGUGCCGGCAGUGCUAGCAGCAUGGUGAUGAUCCCACCCCAACCCGGGCUGCUGGCGCUGCCGGCGCCACCGAGCGGUGAUGGCAGCAGCAGUGGUACUGGAAUUGGCAGCAUUAGCAGUGAUCCGUUUGCCGCCUCGACGAUGGUGGCGCCGCCGCCGUAUGUACAAAUGUCGGACAUGGAGAAGAAACAGGUGUUCAUGGUUCAAGAACAGCAAAUGUGGAACCAGUACGCUAAGGACGGUAUGCAGGGUCAAUUGGCGCUGACUCAAUUGCAAUAUAACCCAUACAGCACACCUGGGCUCGUGCCAGGCUCGUACAUGGGGGUGCAACCGAGCCUAUAUGGUGGGUACAUGCAGAGUUAAUUAAUUAUCGUAUACACAUAUGUAUCUCGUCGUUUUUUUUUGGAGUUUAAGAAGUUGGUAUUAUAAACAUACAUAUUCAUGCAAAAUAUUGCGAUAUUAUCGCGAAAAAUGUUCGGUUGUGACAUUUAUAUAUGCCUUGUCUAGCAUUGAAUUAACCCAAGCGGUUUUGGGGAUUGUAAAAUGCUUUUGUGAAAUAGAAGGAUUGAGA